AUGUCAGGUCGGUUAAGGAAUAGCAAUAUGAAUGAUUACAAGUUACUCCAAUUACAAGAUGCUCAUUCUUGUAUCAACCAGAGAGCUAACAUUAUAGCCGUUGUUCUUGAGUUUGGUCUCCCCAAGACAACUAAAGGCACCGAUUGUUGCUGUACCCUAAGAUUGAUCGAUGAAACACAUCACCAGACCGGUAUGUCUGUUAAUUUUUUUAUUGAAAAUGCUGAAAGCCUUCCCUAUGUUGCUGCUGCCGGAGAUAUAAUUCAGCUUUCUAAUGUUACGUUAAGGACUCAUAUUCAGGAAGUAAAUGCUGUUCCCCGUCUUGCGCAGUUAAGGACACAUAUUCCGGAAGUAAAUGCUGUUUUCUACAAAAACACUUCCUCUUUUGCCUUAUACAGAGGGAAUGAUGAUGAUUUUGUCCCUUAUCAAGGUUAUUCAAAAGUUUUCAUCAGACAUGAAGACAAAAUCCGCAUAAGCAGUCUUAGAAAAUGGUUGGUCAAUUUUCAGAUUCCUGCAGAUUCAAGUGAUUUUCCAAUGCUAAGAGAAAUCAAAGAAGGUCACUUUAAUUUGGCCGGCAAGAUACUUCAUUGCUGGGAGCCUUUGAAAGAUAAUUGGUCUGUCUAUGUUUGGGACGGUACCGAUACCCCACCAAAUGCCAUAACUUCAAUGCUGGAAGAUGAAAUUAAUCAUCCACUUCCAUUACAAUUGGAAUCCGUGCCUUUGCCAAGAGAUGUACUAUGUACUCUGCCCACUGUUGGCUCCAUCUUGAGGGUUGCUUUUGAACUACCCAUAGAGAAAAAUCAUCUCAAUGUUUUUAAAAGUGGAAAAUGGGUCCAGUUUAUCAACAUACGUCUCAAAGUGUAUGCAGGACUGUGGUAUGGUGUUUUUACCUCACAUUCAAAGCUGCGACAUACACCAAAUGAAAACCAUCUCAUUACAGAACGCCAAAGGUUGUAUGAUGACCGCAUAUUGUUGAAAUCAGGAAACAUGCCUAUUGGCAGCAUACCUCAGUCCAUUGACAACUUACCCGAGUCUUUACGUAUUACAGAGGUUAAUCACGAUCGUGUGCGGCAUCUUACUUUAAUGGACGUACUCACUCAUUCAGAGGUGACAGCUAAGUUUAAGUGUGUUGUUCGAGUGGUAGCAGCAACACCAUACCAAGCUGAAAAGUUCUGCACGCCUGCUGGGAAGUAUAGGAUGAGACUGACCCUAGAGGAUCCAACAGCUAGAAUCCAUGCUUUUGUAGUUGAUGAAGAUGGGGAGACUCUUUUUGAUGGUUAUCCUGGCAGUUUGUAUGUGAAAAGAAAAUUGAACAGAUUACUUGGAGUAACUGAAUGUGAUAGUAUUGUGGUAAAUGAUAGGCCAAGAAAUCCACCAUGGGUGAGUGUUUGUAUUAAAUCAUACUAUGUCAUCAAAACUGAUGUAUGGGGAAGUAGAAACUUUAGAAUAUUUGACACCAAAAUAGUGGAUAGCCCAAACUAG